AUGAGCCCUGAGCCAGCAGCAAUGGAGCCUGGAGAGUCAAGGAAUGGAGUCAGAACUGACACAACAGCUUACACAGCCCUGGGCUCUGGAGUCAACCUGCACACCUAUGACAUCGUGGUGGUGGUCAUCUACUUUGUAUUUGUCCUUGCUGUGGGAAUUUGGUCAUCCAUCCGCGCAAGCCGAGGGACCAUUGGUGGCUAUUUCCUGGCGGGAAGAUCCAUGACCUGGUGGCCAAUUGGUGCAUCUCUAAUGUCCAGCAAUGUGGGCAGUGGCUUAUUUAUCGGCCUGGCUGGAACAGGGGCUGCUGGAGGCCUUGCUGUGGGUGGCUUCGAGUGGAAUGCAACCUUCCUGCUUCUGGCCCUGGGCUGGAUCUUUGUUCCUGUGUACAUUGCAGCUGGUGUGGUCACCAUGCCACAGUACCUGAAGAAACGAUUUGGGGGGCAGAGGAUCCAGGUGUACAUGUCAGUCCUUUCUCUCAUCCUCUACAUCUUCACCAAGAUAUCGACUGAUAUCUUCUCUGGAGCCCUCUUCAUCCAGAUGGCCUUGGGCUGGAAUCUUUAUCUCUCCACAGUCAUCUUGCUGGUGGUGACAGCUGUCUACACCAUUGCAGGGGGUCUCACAGCUGUGAUCUACACAGAUGCUCUACAGACCGUGAUCAUGGUUGGGGGAGCCCUGGUCCUCAUGUUUCUGGGCUUUCAGGAGGUAGGCUGGUACCCAGGCCUGCAGCAGCUCUACAGACAGGCCAUCCCCAAUGUCACAGUUCCCAACACCACCUGUCACCUUCCACGGCCUGAUGCCUUCCACAUGCUUCGAGAUCCUGUGAAUGGGGACAUCCCCUGGCCAGGUCUCAUUUUUGGCCUCACAAUCUUGGCCACCUGGUGUUGGUGCACAGACCAGGUGAUUGUGCAGAGGUCUCUCUCGGCCAAGAGUCUUUCACAUGCCAAAGGAGGCUCGGUAUUAGGGGGCUACCUAAAGAUCCUCCCAAUGUUCUUCAUUGUCAUGCCCGGCAUGAUCAGCAGGGCUCUGUACCCAGAUGAAGUUGCCUGUGUUGACCCUGACAUCUGUCAAAGAGUGUGUGGGGCCAGAGUUGGAUGCUCCAAUAUUGCCUACCCCAAGCUGGUGAUGGCUCUCAUGCCUGUGGGGCUGCGAGGCCUGAUGAUUGCUGUGAUCAUGGCUGCCCUCAUGAGCUCGCUCACCUCCAUCUUCAACAGCAGUAGCACCCUGUUCGCCAUGGAUGUGUGGCAGCGCUUCCGCGGGCAGGCAUCGGAGCAAGAGCUGAUGGUGGUCGGCAGGUUGUUCGUAGUCUUCCUGGUACUCAUCAGCAUCCUCUGGAUCCCCAUCAUCCAGAGCUCCAAUAGUGGACAGCUCUUUGACUACAUCCAAUCUAUCACCAGCUACCUAGCCCCACCCAUCACAUCCCUCUUCCUGCUGGCCAUCUUCUGCAAGAGGGUCACUGAGCCUGGUGCCUUCUGGGGCCUCAUGUUUGGCCUGGUAGUAGGAAUACUGCGCAUGAUUCUGGAGUUCUCAUACUCGGCCCCAGCCUGUGGGGAGGUGGACAAGCGGCCAGGUGUUCUGAAGGACUUCCACUACCUGUACUUUGCCCUCCUCCUCUCUGGACUUACUGCAAUCAUCAUUGUCAUAAUCAGCUUGUUCACAGAGCCCAUUCCCAAUGAAAAGCUUGCUCGCCUGACCUGGUGGACAAGGAACUGUGCCAUAUCUGACCUGCAAAAGAAAGCCUCUACAAGUGUGAACAAGACAGAAGGUGACAACUGUCCAGGACUGGCAGGGAGGCCAGUGUUAGAGGGCCCUGCAGGAGAUGGGGAAGAAGCAAACACCACCCAUGGGCCUGAACAACCAGGAGCCCUACACAGGUCCUGGGGAAAAUGGCUGUGGAACUGGUUCUGUGGACUCUCAGGGGCCCCACAGCAAGCCCUGAGCCCAGCUGAGAAGGCUGUGCUGGAGCAGAAGCUGACCAGCAUCGAGGAGGAGCCAGUCUGGAGGUGUGUCUGCAACAUCAAUGCCAUCAUCCUGCUGGUCAUCAACAUCUUUCUCUGGGGCUAUUUUGCUUGA